GAAGAAGAAGCAGAAGGGACGGGAACGGAAAGUGCUGCUGCUCCUCUGCGUGUUAAAUUGAGUAGGGUCCGAGACUAAAGGUGAUAGAACACCAUGCUGAGAGCUUGUCUGAGAGGAGCUAAUUCCACAGUCCGGAAGAAGUAUGGGGGGACUGGUCUGACCAAACUGCAACAAUGCCGGCACUACACAUCAGGACAGAGCGGUGGAGCUGCUAAAGUGGUAGCUACAGGUGUGAUCGCAGUAGGCGGUGGGAUUGGUGGCACAGUACUCUACGCCAAAUGGGAUCCCAAGUUCAGAGCCGCUGUGGAGAAAAAUGUUCCAUACUCAGACUGGGCAUUGGGUUUGGCUUUGGGACCUGCUCCCCAAGAUACCAGACCCUCCAUCAAGAAACAGAUGGAGUUGGCCCAGCUUCCCUCUAUGAUGGACAAACAGAUGAAGGCAUCCAAAGCUAAGACAGAGAAAAACGUGAAGGAGGCAGCAGAAAGUCCAGCCAAAGAGAUGAGUCCACCACAGCCUGCACAGAGCAUAGAGGAGGCCUCAGCACAGGCAACUCAUAUCAUCUCAGCCAUCAGUGAGGUCCAGUCAAUCCCUGCUCCAUGUGACACAGAGGCAGCAGUAGUACAAGAGGAGUGCAAAGAGUGCAGUGACCAUAAAGAUACCCCAGCAGUAGUUCACCCAGACAUAGAGUCGGCACCACAACCACUUAAAGAGCGUCCAGUAGAAGAGGUGACAGCUAGACUCGCUCAGCAAGACCAGGAGGAACAGGACGUCCUAGCGUCUGUAUCAACCGGUCUUGAAGACUCACUGGCCAGCACAGCUCAAGCAACACUGCAGGCUAUUGGUGCUCAGGAGGCAGCGCUGCAGGCCAUCACACAACACACACUCAAACUGAAGGAAGCUAUGGAAGCAGAGGUUCCACCUGAGGAGAAGUCUACACAGUGGAAGGAUCUAGAAGCUUCUCUUGCUGGUAGAACUAGCGCUGUGAAUGAUGCUGAAACUGCUCUAUUGAAAGCCAAUAAAGCUUUGGACAGUCUCAAGUCCGUGAUUGACAAGUCUAAAGAGUUGAAGGUCACUGCUGUUCGCCCACUCGUCUUGGCAGCAGAGGAGAAUCUCCAUAACAUGGUGGUGGAUUUGGAUACAGUGAUCACGAAGGUGCAGUCUGCAGAGUCGGAAGCAAAAAUUGUCUCCCAGUACAGUGAAUUGGUUAAUGAAGCCAAACAACAGUUCCAGAGAGAGGUCAGCAGCCUUACUCCAGAGAUUCAGGCCAACUGGAAGGGACUCACUGGUAAACUGUCAGCUGAUGACCUGAACGCCCUGAUUGCCCAUGCACACCGUCGCAUCGACCAGCUGAACAGAGAGCUGGCUGAGCAGAGAGUCAGAGAGCAGAUCCACAUUGAUGGAGCACUGGAGCAGCAGAAGUUGGAACACCAGAAAUCUCUGGAGAAACUUGUGAACACCUCCCUGCAGCACGCCAAGGAGGAGGCCCGGCUGGACCAGGAGAAGAAGCUGUCUGAGUUGAGGGAAGUGAUGGAGGCAGAGAUGAGGACUCAGCUGCGGCGUCAGGCAGCUGCUCACACAGACCAUGUCCGAGAUGUCCUCAAAGUCCAGGAGCAGGAGCUAAAAACUGAGGCUGAGCAGGUCCUGAGCAGUAAGAUGCUGGAACAGGAGACCCAGUACCGUCAGCUGAGCCAGGAACAGCUGGAUAAUUUCACUCUGGAUAUGAACACUGCCUAUGCAAGACUGAAGGGGAUGGAGGAGGCCAUAGACAGCCAUGUGGUGGCAGAGGAGGAGGCCCGCAAAGCUCAUCAGCUCUGGCUCUCUGUGGAAGCUCUCAACUACACUUUAAAGACUGCUGACACAGAUUCCCUCACCCAGCCUCUUGAGAGUGCUGCUCAGGCUGUGCGAGACAGCUGCCACGACAACGAAUUUGCCCUGGCUCUGGCCUCAGCCCUUCCAGGAGUGUCCCUGCAGCGCGGUGUGUAUAGUGAGGCCUCGCUCCGUGCCCGCUUCAACUCCCUACGAUCACUGGCUCGCCGGGUCGCCCUUAUUGAUGAAUCCCACAACUCCUUGUACCAGUAUUUCUUGUCCUAUGUUCAAGCCGCAUUGCUGUUUGAGGAUAAACAGAAAGCACCACCUGCCCAGCUAGGCAGUGAGGAUUUAGACCCGUUCAAGCUCCUAGCAUAUGCCAGCUUCUGCUUGGAGCAUGGGGAUCUGGAGUUAGCAGCUAAACUGGUAAACCAGUUGAGAGGAGAAGCCAGGAGAGCAGUAGAUGACUGGCUGACUGAAGCCAGACUCACACUGGAAACCAGGCAGGUUAUCAGUUUGCUAUCAGCUUAUGCAAAUGCCGUUGGGUUAGGAACGACCCAGGCUCAAUAGGCCACUCCUAUUUAACGUGGCAGCCCUUAAAGGAAUACUCCACUGCAAAUCACUCUUGUGAGUAUCAAAUAGGUGAAGCUCAAUAAAGGCUUCUUUGUGGAGGAAGGCAGCUGUUGGAUUCACAACUGUUUGAUACUCAGAAAAGAUUUUCUGUGGUGUUGACUGAAGUUAACCAAGUGAUGGCUGUUAAGAUACAACAUAAAAGCAUUUGUUUAAAAGCACUAAGUCACUGUGGAGGAUUACCUGUAAGAUAUAAUUGAUGCACCCUUUCAGUCUAGUCUUGCUAUGUCAGGCCCACAUGUUUGAUCCAGGUAUUUAUUUUUUGGCUUUGCCUGAAUGUUAUGGAACAUUUGAUUAACCGAACAUUAAAGAAUAUGUCUGCAUUUUAUUUUUGUCAAUACUCUAAGGUAAAAUAAAUCAUGAACAAGAAGGCUGUCUGUCAAAUGUUUUCAUUCUUCCCAUGCAACAGUUUAACUUUCAAAGACAUGACAUCAUAUUUCCACUUACCUCUGUAACUCAGUGCAAUCUCUCAUUCAGCAUUUCUUUCAGUUGUCUCUCUAAAAAAAUAAAACAUGUUCCUGAGA